CGAACCGCUCAUGAGCUGGUGGUGGGCCUGGCUCUGAUCGGGCGGGAAGCACCCGCGCCCCAACGGCCCUCUGCGCUGGCGACGGGGUCCCCGCACAGAGGCCUAGCCGUUUGGGCUCCAGCCGCUAGUCGUGGCAUGCGCGGCCUCAGCGAGCCCCGCCCGUGGGCAGGGGGGGGCGCUCGCGGGCGCGCCGCCGCCAUCUCGAGCGUUGGCGGGAGCGCCGCAGAUGGAUGAGCAGGUCCGGUCGGCAUGGGCGGCGCUCCCGGUCUCGGAGCGCGAGGCCAGCAUGAAGGUGUGCGACCCCGAGAUCGUCGGGCUCAUCGACCUCAACAUGAGGAUGCUCUGGACGGCCGAGAUCCAGGCCCGCCAGGUCGGUGUCAAGGGCGAGGUGCACCCCUUCGACCGCUCGGCUCUGCCGCUGCUGUCCACCAUGCUCUUCGACGGGUGCGUGGAGGAGGGCCAGAAGGUCUACAAGCACGUCAAGUGGCCAAGAGAGCUCGCGGAGGGCCCAGCUGUUGUGCUCGACAUCAUCCGCGACCCUGCCGGCGGGCGUGCCCCCAGACCAGCAAAGCCGCGGGGCCGCUGGCCGGAGCUGCUGCGGCCGCCCGCGAAGUCGUGGGUGGAGUUCGAGAGGCAGUUGGCUGGCCUUCUGGAGCAGCUCGUCCUCUCCAUCGUCGGCGCGCAGCCUGGCUGCAACGGCGCCUUUGCACCCGUAACGCCUGCGGCCUCUCUGGAGCAGGGCCCAGACACAGAUGCGGCAGUGGGAGAAGACGACCUCGAGGACCCCGAUCAACGGCCAGACGGGCAGCAAGCCCAGCCUAACGCCUCGCGCCAGGCGAAGAGGCAGCGGCAGCGCGAGCGGCGAAAGAUGGGCAAGGUGGCGGCCCGGGCAGUGGCCGCAGGCGAAGACAUCCCGCAGGAAUGCAUCGAGGAGGGCGUGGUUCCGCCGCCGGCACUCGUGCAGGCGAUGGGUGUGCCAGUGGCGGUCCUGGAUCCGCCCGCGGAUGCGCUAGACACACUCGCCCUCACCGUGGCCCAAGAGGAGCUGGAGCUCGUUGAUACCCAGCUGACGCGGAGCUGCACGGCGCCAGCCAAGAUCUCCGUGUCGCCCACCUUCGUUGCAUCUCCCGCGGAGCCAGGCAGCCCCAUGACCCUGCCGGCGCCAGACCCGACUGACGAGCCAGCCAAGGUGGAGACGGCCCAAGAGAAGGAGGGCCUCGGCCUGACGGCCGCAGACGAGGCUGGUGGCGAUGUAGUCGGCGGCAGGGGCGUGGGGCGAGGGCGGCCUAUGGGCAUGGCUGCACAGGAGCCUUGGCGCGGCCUCGGAGGGGGCCGUGCGAUGGACGCUGGCCGCGGCAUGGGGCGAGGGCGCACUCUCGCGCCACCGCCAGGCCUGCAGGGCCAGCCGGUCCAACAAAGCGCUGCGCAGAGGGCGCCCGGCGGCCUAUCGCAGGCGUGGGCGCCCAUUCCAGAGAUCGACGACGAGGACGAAGAGGACGCCGGCACCCCGAUGCUCGCCAGUGCCGACUUCUGGGCGGCGACAGGGCCCGCCGGCGCGGGGCCCCGGAUCUCACAGCACCGGUGGCCCGACGCCAGCGUCGCCAGCGUCUCCUCGAGCUACGCACCGACGCCCAGAGCAACCUGGUGCCCCACACCCUCGCCGCCGAUGACGCCCGUGGAUGGCGCGUAUCACAUGCUGCCGCCAGCCGCUUUCGGAGAUGGCGGCGGCUGCGACGGCGGCUGCUUGGGCACCAGUGGCGGCGGGGCGUGUUAUGGGAUGCACCCCUGCGGGGGCAUGGGGAUCCCCACGUACGUCACGGUGCCCGUGGCCAUGGCGCACACUUGUCCGCACUGCCGCCAGCUGUUCGCUGCGCCCCCAGACAGCGACGCCUCGCAGCCGGCGGCCGCGCACGACGAUGCCCGAGACGUCGACCUGGAGGAGAUGCGCUUGCUGCUUGCAGACCGCGACGCGCGCAUCGCGGAGCUCGAGAGGAGGCUGCUGUCGAGAAGGGCCGGGUGAGGGACCAGCCUCGCUUAGGAGCUCUCUCCUCCGGUGGGCGGGGCACCGCGGGCGCUGCCGCGGCCGGCUGCGCCCGGCGUGGCCCACCGCUUGCAGCAGCGGUGGCCGCGGGCGGCCCGGUCACGGCCCGUCCGCGGCGGCCGCUGCUGCAGCUGCUGCCCGGCGGCCGCGGUCGCCACCGCGGCCGCGGCUGAUGCUGCUCCUCUCCGCGGGCAGCGCCCGCGUGCCGGCGUGGAAGUGACACGCGCAGGAGGCACCUGCACACCACUGCCACCACGCCUGGCCUGCGCCGCCCUGGCCAGGCAGAGUU